AUGAGGCACGCAAGGGGAGGGGCGAGCGGCAGGGCGCUGGAGCCCGAGGCGAUGGGGAGCAGCUGCAGGGGCGGUGCGUGGCGCGAGCAGCAGCGGGGCGAGGCCAUGCGCGAGCGCGGGCGUGCACGAGCGAGGCGCGUGCGGGGCGCAGCUACAGUAGGGGAAGCGGCGGCAGGGCGGAGCAGGGCCGCGCGGGCGGGACGUCGCGAGCGCGGGCGCAGGAGGACGACGUACAACAGAGAUGGGGAUAGGGAGGGAGGCUGGAGCUCACGGCGGGGCGUAGGGCACGGGGCAGUGGUGCUCGAGGUGGGGGUCGGGGACGCGGUCGACGAUGAAGAGGAUGGCGAGGCGGCGAUCCAGGUGAGCUGCUUGAGGAGAAGACGAGGAGGCGAGAUCCGGCGGGGGAGGAGGUCGAGGAUGGGGCGGCGAGGUCCAGCGACAGGGGGCGGGGCCGGUGAGGUGGCGACGUAG